ACGAGUCGUAAACGUCAUCGGGCGGAAGUGGCCGACCCGCACCCGCUUUACGAUGGGACUCGCGACGAUGAAACGGACGGCCAAGAUGGAAGCAGCUUGAGAAAGGCCGAGAGUUCUGGUCGAACGAUUUCUUCGUCGCCGCCAAGAACGAGCGAAGAUAUCGGGGGUGAGGCGUUGCCGAUGGACGGGGCCGCGGAGGGCGCGGCUGGUGCAACCGGCGGUAGCGGCGGCAUGUCCCACAAGGAGUGCGUCGAUGGCAUCAACAAGAGCCUCGCACAUCCCACGGUUAAGUUCCUAAGGGAGAAGAUGGAGAAGGCCGGUUGCCCCGUGUGGCCGCGCCUGCUCACGGCGAUCACCUGCAAAGGCCAGAGUUCCGCCGGUGGCUAUUCCAGUGGCCGUGGGAUAACAAUUUGUUGUAAUCAUAUGACUUUUCAAGAUGAGAUAAAUCAAGUUAUUAUUCAUGAGUUAAUCCACGCUUAUGACGAUUGCCGAGCAAAAAACAUGGAGUGGACAAAUUGUGCCCAUCAUGCUUGCUCUGAGAUUCGGGCUAAUCAUCUGAGUGGGGAUUGCCAUUACAAGCGAGAACUGCUACGUGGGUUUUUGAAAAUACGAGGCCAUGGACAAGAAUGUGUGCGAAGGCGUGCUCUAAAGUCGGUUCAGAACAAUCCAUAUUGCUCAGCUAUAGCUGCAAAAGAUGCCAUUGAGGCUGUCUGGGACAUCUGCUACAAUGACACUUCCCCCUUUGACAGAGCCCCAUAAGUUCUAUUGCAAUUAGCUUCACAUAUGAGAAGAAGAUUCUUUUUCCAUUUUCAGAUGGAUAAUGCUGAUGCUGCUUAUCGUCGAUGCAGGAAUUGCUUCCUCUAUUUAUGGCCAUUCGAUAACUUCACAACUGCCUUCAUUUCUUCCAUUAUUUUUUCCUUUCUCAGUCUACAGAGUGUCUGAAAGAAGAAAACCAGACAAUAUUUGAUUUCAUGUAGACCCAAUUUAAUGGAUGCUACAGGGAUCCUGCAUGACAAAUCACUCGAGCAACACGGAAGCCUUUUCUUUUUGGGGGGAAAUGGAGACAAAUAAUAGUGUCAUUAGUUUCUUAACUUAUGUUUCUAUUACAAUCUGCAUAUGAGAGUUGCAUUGAUGUUGAACACUGCUGGAACUUAUAGUUCGAUAUCUGAUGUUGUGGGUUGUCGCCA